CUUUAAAGAUGGCGGCGUGAAAGUGAGCAACUCGUGUUCCUCUUCCAAAUCGUUGCUAAUUUUGUCGAAAUCUCUCCUUUUCUAUCAGCACAGAAGAACUGAACGACGGAAGGAACCAUGAACUUCGAAGACCUACUAAACAUCGCUGCCCAAAAGCAGAAGAAGGCGGAGAAAGAGCUGUCCAGUACAAGGAGGUACAGCACAGCUGCCAAACCUGCUAAGAAAAUGGAGAAGCCCAAACCUAAAACUGUGCAGUCAGCUGCCAUCAGGGCACUCAUGGUGAAGAAACAUGAGGAGGAGAAAAAACACGCUGCUGAAGCCAAAAAGAGGAUGGACGACGCUCAAGAAGUCCUCAGUAAGAAAAGGAAAAAGACAGACAUCGUGAAAAGUCUGGCCUCGGCAAAUACCUCAUCUAGUAGUAGUAAAACAGACAAAUCUCAGGACAAAAAGACACGCGAUGAAAAAUACGAGAGUGAAGAACACAAAGCCAAACAUAUGCAAUUCAUGCAGAAGGUGUCAAAAUUAAAAUCACCAAGAGAAGAAGUGGACAGGAAAAGGACCGACUAUAAAAGGCCGCCUGAUAGGCCAGUUCCAAAGAAGAAGGCCCCUCCUCCUCCAUCUAAACCAAUGAGCUUCCAGGAUCUAAUGAAGAUGGCCGAGAAGAAGAAAGACGAACCAGUGCCCUUGCCAAAAAUCCAUGAACAGUUGUUUGGUGCAGAUUCUGAUGAUGAAGAUAUCACAGAAGAGCCGAGAUAUAUCUACAACAGUAAAGGGCGUUAUCUAGACACCAAAGGCUCUGAAUCAGGCAGCUCUAGCGUAAAAUCAAAAUCAAGAGAUCAGAAUGAUAAAUCAAGGGGCUCAGGGUCCAAAUCAGACAAAUCAAAAUCAUCUAACGAUACAUCUAAAUCUAGCAGUGCAAUCAAGGUUGAUGCUUCCAAGAGACCUAGCACAUCUGCGUACAAUGGUACCAACAAGCCUGGUACCCCCUCCAAACAAGUGUCACAUCCCACUGAUAGAAGAGGGCCUGUCUCAGACAAGUCCAGGUCAGAAAGUGCCUCCAAACCUAAGUGUACUCUGGUCGUGGAGAGCCUCCCGUCACGCGUGACUACGGGACCACCGCGACAACCUCCGCCAAGAAGAGGGUAUGAAGAUAUGAGGAGAGGUAUGAAGAGAGGAUAUGACGAUUCUGAAGAAGAGUCGGACGACUUCAUUGAUGACUCAAACGAGGAUGUGGACUAUUCCAAGUACAUCCGAGAGAUCUUCGGAUACGACAAGAGAAAGUACCGUUACGAGAGUGACCGUGAGAUAGCGAGUAUGGAGUCUAACUUCAGACAAGUCAUGCAGGAGGAGGCCAGGAGUGCCCGUCUGGCCAUACAGGAGGAUGCUGAUGAGUUACGUAAGGCUGCUGAGGAGGAGAAACGCAAACAGAACAGGUCAAAGGGCAAACACAGAAAUUGUAUCACCUUCCUCCAGUACACCAUGGAAUGGGCCCACAUCCUCCUCCUGUGCGGGACUGUGGGACUCCUUCUGUCCUCAUCUUCAGCGGUGCCUCCUGGGAAGCCUACCGGUAGCCCCUCCCUCCCACCGCCGGUCGUUAACAGUCUCGGUAACAAGCCGGCGGCUGACGGGAACAAGUCCGGCUGGCAGGACAUCCAGGACGCGUACUUCGCACUGUCCAGCAUCCGGGAACAACUGGAUCAGGCCCGGGAACAACUUCAGGAGGCGUACGAUAAUAACGAUUACGAAGCUGCCCGGAGGCUGGCCCAGCAGAUCCGUGACCUUCAGGAGGAGCUACAGGAGGCGUACAACAACCUCACCGCAUUGACAGGCUAAAGG